CUGUGUUUACAAACAGAGAUUUACUGUGGCGAUUUGACAAACGGCAUUAGAAAAGGUGUUUGCUAUCGUGUUAAUCAAUCAAUUACAUAAAAAAACAAGAUGCCUUACAUUCGUAAGGUUAACUUUUCUACACUCCCAAACAUAUAAUUUCCAAUUAAAUCCAAUUCUCCAUGCAUUUAAAUAAGGAAAGCAUCAUAUUUUAAUCCGACCUUAAUAUCAGAGCGAAUUCAAUACUCUGUUUUUCAUACAUUGUGACAUAGCAGAAUUCUUACCGUGUUUUUGCGUACAGCGUAUAGUGUACCACGCGCCUUCCCUACAUACCAUAAAUAAGGCUAGAAUUCGCGAUUUUCGGCGUUUGAAAAUCGAAAAAAAACUGCUUUUUAGUGGGUCAAAAAAUCUGGGGCGAUCCCAAUACUUUUCUUACACGACAUGGUCGUGUCGAAAAGUAAAAACUACCGUGCCAAGUACAAUUUUUUUUCCGCUAACCAUAUGUAAAUAGGCGCACAUUGUCUUUUAUUGUGGCUAUCUAUUCAUCUUAUCUUUUUUGUGUUGUACACCGGAUGAGUAGUCCGAAAAAUCGAUUCAUAAUUACAUUCAUUCCCGAACACUGUGAAUUCCCUAUAAAUAGUACCAGUGUGUUUUGAAACUAUUCAGUCGCACCUAUAAUUUUAUACACAUCGAAAAUUCCCUUUGAAAUUAUCAACUCCAUUUGAAAGUGAUAGAAAACUGUUUCUAAGGUGUUUAGCCAUUAAUUACGUUGUGAAAUGGGGAAAAUUUUGUGCUUAAUAUUAGUGCUUGUGAUUUGUUUGGGGUUCACGAGUCAGGUUUUGGCCGACGAUGAUUGGUGGGAAUAUGGCCAUUUCUACCAAAUUUAUCCGCGUUCAUUUCAAGACAGCGAUGGUGAUGGUGUCGGUGACUUGCAUGGAAUCACGUCGAGAUUGCCGUAUUUAAAAUUCAUCGGUGUGACUGGCAUGUGGUUGUCGCCGAUUUUCAAAUCGCCGAUGAAAGAUUUCGGCUACGAUAUCUCCGAUUUUCGACAAAUUCAUACCGGAUUCGGGACUCUUGAUGAAUUCGAUCGUUUGGUCGAGCGAAGCAAAGAGUUGGAUGUCAAGUUGAUUCUUGACUUUGUACCAAAUCACAGCUCCGACAAACAUGAAUGGUUCCGAAAAUCGGCUGAUCCAAGUGAUCCCGAGCAUGAGAAAUACAAAGAUUACUACAUUUGGCACGAAGGACGGUUAUUGGAAAAUGGGACGAGAAUUCCGCCAAGCAACUGGCUUAGUAUUUUCCGUGGCAGUGCAUGGCAAUGGGUUGAAAGCAGAAAAGCUUACUAUUAUCAUCAAUUUCUUGCUGAACAACCCGAUUUGAACUAUCGCAACGAGGCGCUUGUCAAUGAUAUGAAAGAAAUUUUGCGAUUCUGGUUGAGAAAAGGCGUGAGCGGAUUCAGAUGCGAUGCGGUUCCUUAUUUAUUUGAAGCUGAACAGAAUUCCGAAGGAUUCUAUGACGAUGAACCAUUGAGUGGGGACUGUGACGAUGACCCGGACGCAUAUUGUCGGCUCAAGCACACAAAAACGCAAGAUUUGGAUGAAACCUAUGACGUGAUCUAUCAAUUCCGCAAAGUGACCGAAGAAGAAGAGUUUGCCAGUGAAACACGCAUUCUAAUGUCAGAGGCAUAUACAACACUACCAAACACACUACGGUUCUAUGGUAAAGUUGAAAAUGGAGAAAUAGCCGUGUAUGGUGCACAUAUUCCAUUUAAUUUUGAGCUGAUAUCAAAGACAAGCAUGGGCACUACGGCCUACGAAUACAAAGCGCACAUUGAACAUUGGCUCAAUGGCAUGCCGAAGGGUAACAAAAUUCACGCCAAUUGGGUGCUUGGCAAUCAUGAUAAUAAGCGAUUGGCUUCGCGUUAUCGGCCAGCACGUACUGACCUCUUCAACAUGUUGUUAAAAACCUUACCUGGUAUCACCGUCACUUAUAUGGGUGAAGAGAUUGGAAUGACCGAUGUCUAUAUAUCAUGGGAAAACACCGUUGACCCGCAAGCAUGUCGCACCAAUGAACAAGUUUUCGAUCAAUUUUCGCGUGAUCCGGCGCGUACGCCAUUCCAAUGGAAUGACGAUAAAAAUGCCGGUUUUAGCUUUGCCAACAGCACAUGGCUACCAGUUGCGAAUAAUCACACGGAUAACAAUGUUCAACUGCAAAAAUCGGAAAUUCUCAGCCAUUUAAAAGUGUUCCGUCAGUUGAUGGCGUUGAGACAAAAUCCAACUAUAAAAUAUGGGGGAUUGAAAAUCAAUGCAGUCAACAAAGAUGUGCUUGUGUACAAAAGAGAAAUUGACGGCCAGGAUGACGCCGAUAUCAUAGUGGUUUUGUUGAAUUUGGGCACAGCCUAUAGACCCGUUGAAUUAAACCAUUACUUCCGACAAUUGCCGCGGCAAAUGAAAGUGGUCGCUGCAUCAAUUCACUCGGAAAUCCUUGUAAUUGGUGAUAUCGUUGAUACGAAAAAGGUGGUGAUCCCACCAGAGGCAGGAAUUAUUAUUUCUGGGCAGAAAUCAGGUUUUUUGUCAAACGAAUCCAUUUAAAUAUAUGGACUGAUAUUUGAUUUGCUUUGGUUAGUUAGUUCAGUUUCAAAAUUCGGUUUGAUUUUGCCAAUAUUUGGGCGACAUUCACAUAUUCCAUAUUCGUUAAAGUCUAAACAAUGUUAUCAAAGAGAAACAGGUCAAAUGGCUUGAGUGGAAAAUCAAAGCGAAGAAAAACUAACACUUUUUAAACUGACUUUAAACGGUGUAAAUCUAAAUGGAAAUGAAAAAUGGGUUGAAAAUUCCAUAAAAAUGAACUGAAUAAACAAAUGGAAUCGGAUAUCAGCCCAUGAGGCUUGUUUCUUUGGUCAAGUUGACAAUUUGGUUUGUAAAAGUUUUAUUUGAUAUUUUAUUGUUAUAUAUUGAUACCGUAUAAAACUAUCUGCCUUAAUGAAAUUCAAAUGAAAAUGCGUGGAAAAUAGUGGAAAUAAAAUUAUUG